AUGGAGCCAGCAGUCACACUUAAACCAGAGGUGCCUCCUGCACCAACCUCAUCAUCCACCACAUCCCCCUGCAUCACCACACCAGUAAUCCUCAAGCCCAAAACCGCCGUCAUGGAGGCUGUUGAGGACAUCGUCUACGGCUCAGUCGCCGGUGUAGUGGGCAAAUACAUCGAAUACCCCUUCGACACAGUCAAAGUCCGCCUCCAAUCCCAACCCGACCACCUCCCCCUCCGCUACACCGGCCCCCUCGACUGCUUCCGCCAGGCCCUCCGCUCCGACGGCCUCCUCGGCCUCUACCGCGGCAUCUCGGCCCCCCUCGUCGGCGCCGCCCUCGAGAACUCGUCCCUCUUCUUCUGGGAGCGCAUCGGCCGCGACCUCACCUACGGCUUCGGCCUCGCCUCCCACGACAAGCCGCUGUCUCUCCAAACCCUCUGGCUCACGGGCGGCUUCGCCGGCGCCAUGACCUCCUUCAUCCUCACCCCCGUCGAGCUGGUAAAGUGCAAAAUCCAAGUCCCUGAAACGGGCGGGAAGGCCGCCGCCCCCCUGAAGCCAAUCCCCGUCAUAAGGGACAUCUUCCGCCACCAGGGCAUCUCGGGCUUCUGGCACGGCCAGCUCGGCACCCUCAUCCGCGAAGCAGGCGGCUGCGCGGCUUGGUUCGGCUCCAAGGAGACCACCACCAAGCUCUUCCGUCAGUGGAACGAGAGCAGAGCCACUUCCCCGCAACAUCUCGAGCAGAUCAGAGCACAAGAUGCCCUUCCCCUUUGGCAGCAGGCGGUAGCGGGCGCCUCGGCGGGCAUGGCCUACAACUUUUUGUUUUUUCCGGCAGACACGGUCAAGUCGAGGAUGCAGACCACGCCGAUUGGGGAGGUGGGGCCCAAGAAGACGUUUAUGGGGGAGACGGCCGCGUUGUGGAAGCAGGCUGGUCUGAAGGGGUUCUACAGGGGGUGUGGGAUCACGGUGUUGAGGUCGGUGCCGAGCUCGGCGUUUAUCUUUAUGGUGUUUGAUGGGUUGAAGAAGUAUUUGCCUAUGCAAUAG